AUGUUCGGUCGGAAGAAGGAAAAACGCGAGCUGCGCACUUUUAAGGACCUGACGCGCUUCCCCCUGGUCUUCUACAAGACCAUUGGGGAGGAUUUGUAUGCAGAACGGGACAAGAACCGAUUGCGUCGCUAUCUCUUCCGCAUCUAUCUGAUUUGGGGCUUUCUCAACUUCAAUGCGUAUGUGGUGGGAGAGAUCGCCUAUUUUAUAGUGCACAUUACAUCGACGACGACACUGUUGGAGGCUACGGCUGUGGCGCCCUGCAUUGGCUUCAGUUUUAUGGCCGAUUUCAAGCAAAUCGGCAUGACCGUUAAUCGGAAGACGCUGGUGAAGUUGUUGGAUGAUUUGUCGGAGAUGUUCCCCCUGACGCUGGAAAAACAACGCUCCUACCAUGUGACCUUCUAUGAACGACACAUGAAUAGUGUGAUGACCUUGUUCACCAUUCUUUGCAUGACCUAUACGUCGUCGUUUAGUUUCUAUCCGGCCAUCAAAUCAACCAUUAAAUAUUAUUUUAUGGGCUCUGAGAUAUUUGAGCGCAACUACGGCUUUCACAUUUACUUUCCCUAUGAUGCGGAGACAGAUUUGACCGUCUAUUGGUUCUCAUACUGGGGCCUGGCGCAUUGUGCCUAUGUCGCUGGCGUUUCCUAUGUCUGCGUGGACCUCCUGCUGAUUACCACCAUCACCCAACUGACUAUGCACUUCAAUUAUAUAGCCGACACGCUCGAGGCCUACAAUGGCGAUGACCACAGUGAUGAGGAAAAUGUGAAGUUCUUGCAGGAUCUGGUCGUUUAUCAUUCUCGCGCCUUGGAUCUUAGCGAGGAGGUCAACAACAUCUUUAGCUUUACCAUACUCUGGAACUUUAUUGCCGCCUCUUUUGUCAUUUGCUUUGCCGGCUUUCAAAUCACCGCCUCAAAUGUGGAGGACAUUGUGCUGUAUUUCAUUUUCUUCUCAGCCUCGUUGGUGCAAGUAUUUGUGGUCUGCUACUAUGGCGAUGAGAUGAUAUCUUCGAGCUCUCGCAUUGGCCAUGCCGCCUUCAAUCACAAUUGGCUGUCCUGCAGCACCGAUUACAAACGUAUCCUACAGUACAUCAUUAUGCGAAGUCAAAAGCCGGCCUCUAUCCGACCACCCACAUUUCCACCAAUAUCGUUCCAAACGUUUAUGAAGGUCAUCAGCAUGUCGUAUCAGUUUUUUGCACUGCUUCGCACAACUUAUUACGGUUGA